AUGUUUUCCAGUUUUCAUAUGUUCCACUUUUUCUCUUCUAAAAAUAUUGCCAAAACAGGACGAUUGUCUGUGUCUGGUGUUGGUAAUAUGUCUGGUGUUGGUAAUGUGUCUGGUGUUGGUAAUGUGUCUGGUGUUGGUAAUGUGUCUGGUGUUGGUAAUGUGUCUGGUGUUGGUAAUAUGUCUGGUGUUGGUAAUGUGUCUGGUGUUGGUAAUGUGUCUGGUGUUGGUAAUAUGUCUGGUGUUGGUAAUAUGUCUGGUGUUGGUAAUGUGUCUGGUGUUGGUAAUGUGUCUGGUGUUGGUAAUGUGUCUGGUGUUGGUAAUGUGUCUGGUGUUGGUAAUGUGUCUGGUGUUGGUAAUGUGUCUGGUGUUGGUAAUGUGUCUGGUGUUGGUAAUAUGUCUGGUGUUGGUAAUAUGUCUGGUGUUGGUAAUAUGUCUGGUGUUGGUAAUAUGUCUGGUGUUGGUAAUGUGUCUGGUGUUGGUAGUGUGUCUUUGUGUUUUUCAUCUCUGUGA